AUGGCUGAUCUCUGGGGCAACAAUGGUCGCAUAGGCCAGUUUCCCCUUGAACAAUGGUUCUAUGAAAUGCCGCCCGUGACCCGAUGGUGGACAGUAGCCACCGUGGCAACCUCCGUUCUCGUCCAUUGCAAUAUCGUCAACGAGCUUCAAUUAUUCUACAGUUUCCGUGCAGUCUAUGCAAAAUCGCAGUACUGGCGUCUUCUGACGACGUUCCUCUAUUUUGGCAGACUCGACCUUGACCUCAUCUUCCACGUGUUCUUUCUCCAACGAUACUCUCGACUCGUGGAGGAAUCAUCCGGUCGGUCUCCGGCGCAAUUCGCUUGGCUCAUCUUUUACGCCACCAGCCUACUGUUGAUUAUCUCGCCUUUUCUCUCCUUGCCCUACCUGGGCUCCGCACUGAGCUCAUGUCUGGUGUAUAUCUGGGCGCGACGCAACCCCGACACGCGGCUGAGUUUCCUCGGCCUGAUGGUCUUUCCCGCACCCUACCUACCGUGGGUGCUGAUGGCGUUCAGUCUGCUACUUCACAAGAUUGUGCCCAAGGAUGAGAUGCUUGGUGUGGCGGUGGGCCAUGUGUGGUAUUUCUUCAAUGACGUUUACCCUGCCUUGCACGGCGGCCAUCGGCCCUUGGAUCCGCCGUCCUGGUGGCGCCGGCUUUUCGAGUCCGGGUCAGGGAGAACGCAGGAGCGUGCUAUCGAUAACGAUGGCGGAAAUGUCGCGGUUCCCGUUGCGGCCGCGCAGUGA